UUAAAUUAUGAUUGUGUUUAUAAUUUUAUCUUGUGUUUAUAGUUGACUAAUUAUUAUAAUUUUGAAUGAAAAAAAACAAUCAAAUGGAAAUUAAAUUGUUAACAAUAACAUCAAUUCAAUUGUUAAUAAUUGUGCUUAAUUUUAUUACUCUCAUUGAAACAAUCAACACACCAUUCAAAUUAAAUCAACAGUAUUACUAUCAACAAGAUGAGCACUUUAAAAAAGCUCAAUUACAAAGACAUUCAAAGCAACAACAACAACAAUUAAACAUUGAACCAGAAGCACAACAAUUAGUUGAUCAACAACACGAAGAACAACAAUUUUAUCUAAAUGGACAAUCAACAACUGAAUCAAUAGAAAAUCUAAUUGAACAGCAACAAUUAAGAGAGAGACAAAUUGUACUAAUACAAGAGAGACAACGUCAACAACAAGAGCAACUCCAACAAUUAGGAGUCCAUCUUGUUUGUGACACUCAUUUAUGCUCAUCAUCAACCGGUGUAUUCGGUGGGUUCGGAGGUGGUAACGGUGGUGGUGGUGGUAGAAAUGGAGGUUCAAGUGAAAGUAGUGAAGAUUAUGUUGAUACAAAGAACGAUCUAAAUAAUAAUGUCAAUGUUAAUGCUCCUAAUCAGAGGUUUCGAUCGGCCUUAACGGGUUCGAGUUCUAGUGAAACAUCGUUGGCACUCGAGGUGAAACAGUGUAGUUGUAAUCAAUCGUGUACCAAGUAUGGUGAUUGUUGCCUCGAUUCGGUUUCGUCGAAAGUUUCUCUCGAUAAAAAGUUCCACGGUGGAUUUAAGAGUGACAGCCCUUGGCGCCAUUGGCAGUGUACUACACUUCGUAUAUUGACCCAUUCGAUUCAUAUAUUGACCAUUGGUGGUUGUUCAAGAUUCUGGCCUCGUAAACCUGGUGACUCGAUACAAGAAAAGUGUGAAGAAGUUGGUUCGGGUUUGGUUGAUGAAGAUCCUUUCCUUUCGGUGCCAAUCUAUUCACUUCGAACUAAACAAAAUUAUCGUAACCUUUAUUGUGCCGUUUGUAAUUACGAUGCCGCUUAUGCGUCAACCUGGGAAACUUUUACCAUGUGCGUUAAAAAUGAUUCGCAGGGCCGAUGCUCCAAGUCUUUUGUUUACUUUGAAAAGCCUCAAGGAGUUGACCUGCACGAGUGUUAUCCAUCCGAUUACGAUUCGUGUCCCAAUAGUUUAUCAAUCAUGAGUGAAGAGGUAAUCAAAUGUGGACUUUAUUAUGCUCCCGUUAAACUGGCCACUGGAUUAACGGCUAAAAAUGAAUGGUGUGCGAGCUGUAAUAAUGUAACCAUUGUGGGUUCCGUUUGUCCGGAGACAAGGCCAACUUAUGAGAGACCACCGAUUAACCUUCAUGGUUCUGGUAGACAUUUCUCACUUCCGGUUAUUCUUGACAUUGAUUUUACCACCGGAGGAUUAAUUGUUGGUACACAGGAACGAUGUCCACCCAAUAAUGUUUACGAUCCAUGGAAACGCGCUUGUAGAGUGGUCACUUGCGAUAGAGACUCUCAACUGGAAGGUGACCAAUGUGUACCAAAUUCCGAUGUUCACACUGACGGAACAUCGCUCACCUUUCAUGUUUGUCCAAAGAUUAGUUUCAAUCCGGAAGAGUAUGUUAUCUAUUCCAAUGGUACCGUUUAUAUAACCUCACGAGAUAAACAGAUCGAACCAGGUCACUAUCGUAUCGAUAUAUCAACCCAAAAGUUGUCGAUUUGUGCCCAUUCACAUGUUAUACUGAUCGGAAAGUUCAGUUCAACCCACGAUUAUUUAUCCAACAUCGGCACUUCCAUAUCGAUAAUAUCUCUUUGCAUUAAGAUUGUCCUAUUCUUUUGCGUACCACAACCCCGACGAACGGCAAACAUUGUAAUACUUUUCCUUUGUAUUUCUCUUCUUUUGGCUCAAUCGCUUUUCCUUUUCGGUAUAACUUUAACCUCGAAUCCACUUUUCUGUUCAAUAAUCGGCAUCGGGAUCCAUUAUUUGUACUUGGCCUCAUUCUUCUGGAUGAAUGUUCUCUCAUACGAUAUUUUCUGUACCUUCUCAAUGGACUUGCGACUUGUCCCUCAGGGUAAAAUCUCAUCAAGCCGACAAAUCAUUUGCUAUUCAUUUUAUGGUAUGUUCACUCCCCUACUGGUCAUUUUAGCCUCCACCCUAACUGACCAGUUUGCCCGUUCAUCAAUAUUUGCACCAAACUAUGGCCAUGAAAUUUGCUGGGUCUCCAAUCGAUUGGCACUUUUAGUCUUCUUUGCAAUGCCAGUCGCCAUCUUGCUUAUAAUUAACGCAGGUAUUUUCUUUGCAUUCACUGCAACUCGAAUUAAUAAGAUCUCGAAAAUCGGUAAACUGGCCCGGGAAAAUGUCGCUAUCCGACGAAAGACAUUCAUCAUCUAUACCAAACUUUUCCUCAUCAUGGGUUUAACCUGGAUCUUUGGUUUCAUCGCCGCUUAUGCCAAAAAUUCAUUCCUCUGGUCGCUUUUCAUUGUUUUCAACAGUCUUCAAGGUUUCUACAUUUUGAUUGCAUUUACCGAUAUCAAAUGGGGUAACCUUCGUAAUUUAAUCAACUGUCCACUCCAUCGGAAGACCACAUCAAGUUCAUCUAUUGCCACAGCGACGACCAUCUCAACGGAACAAUAAUUAUAAAAAGAGAGAGAGAGAGAGAAAGAGGGAGAUGAUGAAAGGACAAGGAACACACAUCACGAAAAUCGAGAACGGAAACGGAAAACAAUCACAAAAGGCCAACAAUAAAUCAACAUUGAAGAAAACAAUCUCAUCUCAUUGAUAAAAUAUUAUCCAUAUUAUAUAACGUGUGUCACAUUUUUCUGUGUCCAGUUUUUGUUUGUGUCUCUUUUAAUUUUGAAAGCAUUUCAUUGUUAAUAAUAUAAAUUUUGUCGUUUUUGUCCCCAACUCGAUCAUUUUGAAAAAGGUCCGUGGUGUUUAUGUCAAAAUGUCUUUAUAAUAUCAACACGAACUCUUUUUCUUAAUUUUCAUUUUCUUCCUCAUCUUCUUAUGUUUGUUUUUUAGAUACAAAUCACAAAGGUGACCUUUACAACACCGUCAAAAUGAUGGGGAUUAUGAUGAUGGUCAUGAGGUGAGUGAUGAGAAGAAUGAUGAUUAAGAUGAUGAUUAUGGUGAACAAGGUGAAGAUUGUUGGGAUGAUGAAGUGAUUGUUGUUGUUGCUGCUGUUGAUGAACAAGAUGAU